AUGUCCGACGUCCUCCGUCAGGUCGUCACGUCGGACGUCGUCUGUCAGAUCCGCACGUCUGACGUCAUCUGUCACGUCGCCCGUCUAACGUCAUACCCUGGAUCUGAGCGUGCCAUAUCUAAGGCCCCCGCGCAUCUGGGUCAUGGAGCCGUCGGCCACGGUCUCCUGCACAGAUGGGCUCAGUGGCCUAGCACCCCAGUCCCCGCCGUCUGUGAUCGAGCACCGAGGCCCAUGCGGGGUCACCAGCCCACAAGCAAGAGCAUGGCAGCCAUCCCCUCCAGCGGCUCGUGCAUGGCCACCCACAACUACUACCGGCACCACCUGGGCUCCACUUCCAGUAACAGCUCCUGUGGAAGUGCCGAGUACCCUGGGGAAGGCAUCCCCCGCCACCUCGGUCUCCCCAGAGCUGACCUGGGACACUUGUGGGCUAGCUUCUUUUUCGGGAAGUCCACUCUCCCAUUCAUGGCCACAGUGUUAGAGUCCCCAGAGCACUCAGAACCAGCCCAGGCCUCCACUGGCAUGAUCACCUGUGACCUGGCUCAGGAAGCCAUGGGGAAGCAGCAGCCUGGCGGCCAGCCUGGCCAAACCAACUACAGGCCCCCGUCCUGAGUGGCCACUACCAGCUG